CACACGUUACUGGCACACAGGUCAAUGACAGCACCUGUAUCAAAAUUAUUGGAAGGUAUUCCCGGUUUAUUGGAUUUUUCGAAGAUUCCGAUUUUCGUUGUUCAACCGACGACGUUGUUUAUGUUUCGUCAGUUAAACACUUCUCCUCUGUAGAAACCCAACCAGUCGGCGUGAAUCGUGUAGAUAUAUAUUUUUUUUACUUAGCUAUUUGUAUUAUGUGUAUUCUUUAUUUAGCUUUGUUGUGUACUAAGUGUACUAGUGUAAUGAAGUACAUCUUGCAACCCUAUAUAAUGCUUCUUCUGGAGGUUUAGAAAUCUAUUGAAAAUUUAGCCUAUUCUGUUUAUUGCUUUUAUCUGUCUCAAUGGCUGGUUCUAAGAUCCAAGCCUUCUGGAACCACCCUGCUGGCCCUAAAACCAUUCACUUUUGGGCUCCAACAUUCAAAUGGGUGAUCAGCAUCGCUAAUGUUGCUGACUUCUCAAAACCACCUGAACAGCUCUCCUAUCCUCAUCAAACUGUUGUUGCAAUCAGUGGACUCAUUUGGUCUCGCUACAGCACGCAGAUCAUCCCCAAAAACUUGAAUCUUGUUAGUGUCAAUCUCACAAUGGCUGCGACGGGCUUUUAUCAACUGUCACGCAAAAUUCAGCAUGAUUACUAUCCUGAGCCAGAACCAGCUGAGGCAAAAGAAUGAAGAUGAUGAAAAAUGAAAAUAAGUUGGAAAUUUCCAAGUACAUGAGUCUUAUGGACGCAUUGUAGAUUUCAAAAGGGAGAAAAAGUACAUGCUCCUAUGCGAUUUCCCAUGUGAAAAAAAAAAUUUACAUUCGUUGUUGUAAUAUGUGAUGGUGAUUACAGUGGAUAAUGAGAUUCUGAUCGACUGGAAAUGGAAGCAUGACCAUUUGGGAGAUUUCUAUA